UAUGAACCCUCAACCCCUUAGAGUAAUCCAAGUACGCGCCUAGGCUUGCAUGCCUUGCACUUUCCAGGUGGUCUGUUAGCAGUAAGUUAGAGUAAGCAAAUUGUUAUCUUGUUUAGCUCGUAAGUCAUUUUGGUCAUUGAAUAUAUCAGAUCGAUUUAGCAUGCGCUUCUGCUAAGACGUGUCUCGUUUUAAUUAAAUAAUUAGUUUUUAAAAACCUUCCGAUCGCUCCCGCAAUCUUGACUGGCGCAGCCGAUUCGGUAGGAUAACUGAAUUAUCCCGUGAAAAUUCGGUUAUAGAACUCUUACCGGUUUUCCGCGCGUUCCGGGAAACGCGCCGCGGAUAGUGUUAACAGUGUCCUACUGCGAACCAAACAAAUGUGUCAAGGCGGAAGGAUUAUACCGACCGGCUGGUGGUGUCUGGUCACCCUGACCCUGAUCACGUUGAGCCAGGCCCAUCAUCUGCUCAAAAUUGAGAAAAACCCAGGCGUACUACCCGUUAAACGAGGCCAUGCUUAUAAGCAGGAAGAUAAGUGGAUUAUUAUUAAAGUGUUAGAUUUAAGCGACUUAUACAAAGAUUUAGUUUUUAACAUAGAUAAGUAUAAUGAGUUUUCUAAAUUAGUAGAUAUAAACAAACCAAAUGCAUAUGAGUUUUUCGAUUUACGCAAACAGGUAGAUUUCCUUAAAGAAAAGGCUAUAAGUAAAUCCGGAGAGCUAACGCCCACGCGUAGAUUCAAACGAGGCAUUAUCAACCCCUUAGGAUCACUGAUUAAAGUUAUUACAGGAAACCUGGAUAAUCAAGACGCUAUUCGUUACGAGUCACUAAUAUCUCAGUUAAAGGGCAAUCAGAUUAUUACAGAUAAGAAAAUUAUGGUUAUCUCCAAAAUGAUGGACAGUUUCAUAAAUAGUACUGAAACCUUACAUGAAAAUACUUUAACAUUAGACGCACGUUUCAAAAAGAUGGAAAAACUUGUAAAAACUAUAGCAAAUAAGGAAACCAGUUAUAUAUACUCAGUAUACAUUUUAAGUAUGUUUAAUAUGUUCUUAAAUAAUUUUCGAACCAUUCAUACUACUAUACAAGAAAUUGAAACUGCGUUGGCCUUCAGCAAAUUGUCAGUAUUACACCAAAGUAUUGUGAACUCUACAGAAUUAUUAUCUUUGUUACAAUCUAUUUCUAAAAAUGCAAAUUUAAUGUACCCAGCAACUCUUGAAAAUUUGGUUAAUCUGGAAAAGACAAUAAUUGUUAAAAGCUAUGUAAAAGAGAGUCAGAUAACGUUCAUAAUGGAGGUACCCUUAAUAGAUAAUAAUACCUAUAGCUACUAUCAAAUAUAUUCACUACCUAUAUAUAAUAGCAGUCGCAAUAUAACCCAAGUAAUUAUUCCCAAACACCCCUACCUAUUGGUGAAAGGUUCGGAAUACCUGCCGGUCCAACACCCCUGCGAGCAGCUCGCCUCCGACGACCAGUUCCUGUGUGCCGAGGAUAGCACUGUCUUGUACUCACCACCUACCUGUGUAGAACAGCUGAUGAAAUUUAGUAUAAAUUAUAAUGCCUGCACCCCAUACGCUAUUGAUAUAGAGACAAUCAAAGUUCAACGGAUUGACUCUACCAGCUGGAUUUUAUAUGCACGAGAAAAAUCCAUGUUUUCCACUCAAUGUCAGAAUGAUAUAACACACCAACAGAUACAAGGCACCUAUAUACUAACUAUAUCUAACAUAUUAUGUGAUUACCAGCUGGAGAAUUUCUACCUACACCAUAGACAACACUAUUUUACUAGUCUACAGUACAAGGCGCUACCAAUAAUAGAUCUACCAGAGCUUCCACAAGACAACGUGACUACAUCCCGCACCGUGAACGUGAAGGGUGUCAAUUUAGACAACCUACGACAGAUGUAUAACACUCUACAAAGUGAAAUUAGUGAAAACAGUGAAAAUAUCUCAAUGCCCACAGUGCAAGUGAAAAGUGUUAGCUUAGCAACCCUUAUUCUGUAUUUCUUGUUAAUCAUAUGUGCCAUUGGUUUUUCUAUGUAUAGUUAUAGAGUAUUGAUAAUGUCGAAGCUUCGAAAUUCCCGGAAUCAAGAAUCUUCCAGUAAUUUCGAUCUUGGGGAUGGAGGAGUUAUGAACCCUCAACCCCUUAGAGUAAUCCAAGUACGCGCCUAGGCUUGCAUGCCUUGCACUUUCCAGGUGGUCUGUUAGCAGUAAGUUAGAGUAAGCAAAUUGUUAUCUUGUUUAGCUCGUAAGUCAUUUUGGUCAUUGAAUAUAUCAGAUCGAUUUAGCAUGCGCUUCUGCUAAGA